UACAGCACAGAGGAAGUACAGAUAAGAUGUCAGAACAUUAAAGCAGAGUAUUAAAGAAGCUGUGCAACCAAAGUUACUGAUGCACCAAAUCCAAUGAAUGUUGCUCGUGUGAUUCUUGCUCUAGUUUUCUGCACCUUUUUCACUGCAUCUUAUUUCACGAAUAAGUAUGUCCUGUCUAUCUUAAAGUUUACAUUUCCCACCAUUUUCCAGGGCUGGCAGACAUCCACUGGAGCUCUUCUGCUGCUGGUUACAUGGAAACUGGGUUUGGUUGAAAUAAAUGCCUUCUCCAGAUAUGCAGCAUUUUCCCAGCUUCCUGGGUGCUUCUUAUUUAUUGGAAACAUCUAUGCAGGGUCCAAAGCACUGUCACUUUUGCCCAUUCCUUUUUUCUUCGUCCUGCAAAACGUCUCAGAAGUCUUCGCAUCUCUUAUCGGAUCAGUAACUCACAGAGAGAAGCCACCAUGGACGAAAUUAAUAAGUGUGUGUAUGCUGCUGGGAUCUGCCACCAGCCUUAUGCUGUACAAUCCCCGGUUUGGUCCCGGUGGCUACACAUGGGCGUUCCUCCACCUGUUCUGUGUCGGCGCAUAUAAAGUAUUCCAGAGGAACACGAAGACAAACCUUCUGAGUGAUCUUGAAGAGCAGUUCAUCAAUUACAUGACCAGUGCAUUGUUACUCGCCUCGCUUGCAUACUCGACAGGUGACCUGUCCGGUGCCUUAGAUUUCCCUCUCCUGACCUCAUAUAGCUUCCACACUGGCUGCUUGGGCAGUGCUAUAUUCAGCUUUUGUUUGAUGUUGGCAACCGUGAAAUUGAAGGGCAGCCUGUCUCAGGAGCACUGUGGCAUCUGGUUCUUCCUGGCUAAGAUACUGGCAUCGGGCCUUUCUCUUUCCCUUUCUGCCUUCGACACUGCGCUCAGCCCCGUGACUCUGUGCUGCAUCACCCUGAACUAUGCCGGAGAGGCCUUGUUUGUGUAUUCAGACAGGUUUAAAUAAGUUUGUUGAUGAAUAUGGCCAGUGCCUUUAAAGAUUCUCCAAAUAAGUCACUCCAGGUCUUUACAGGAGUUUUAUCAGUUGACCAAAGAAAAAUUGCCUCAUUGAGAUUAUUUUCACUUUACAACUUCUUCUUUUUUUUAUUUUUGCAUGUUGUAGUUUGAGCAGCAUAUGGAAGCUUGUUUCCACCCCAAGAUAAAAAAAAUAAAAAAUAAAAAAAUCUUUAUUAUUUAAUUAUAUAUUUUUUGUUACUUCUUUAAGUUUAUAUUUCACAAUUCUGACGUUUUCUCGAAAAUCUGUUAAAGCAAAAAUUAAUUUAAAAGAUAUUAGCAGUUUAUGGAAUAAAGGUCUGAACUGUGAGAACUUUAAGUUAUCUUUUUUAUUUUGUGGUCAAAAAAAAAGAAGCAAAACGUAAACUCUGAAUUAAAAAUGUGAGCUUUAAACUUAUUUGCGAAUUGGGAGAUAAAAAGUCACAUCUUUUUUUAUUCUGUGGUGGAAACGUGCUUUCAUAGUUACACGGUAAACCAGAAAGAGCAGGAAAAAAAUACCAGGUUUACCAUGAUUCUGUUAAUCCUGCAUUUUAAUAUGGCCAGUUCAUAGUAGUCUCUUGAUUCAGAUUUUUUUUGUUCACAGCAACAUAAUAAUUGUUGCUAGUGUUCAAGCUUUGCACAUCAAUGUCCUGCAGUGUUUACUUUUGAGUGUCCUGGAUCAUAUCCUGAAUACUGUCACACCUUUCAUCAGUACUCUUACACCUAUAACUCUCUGCUUUUCAUUUUUACGUAAUGUCAGUCGAAAUAAACAUGUUAGUGUUAUAUGUAAAAUGCUUUCUACGUUAACAUGAUUCACAAUUAUUGCAGAUUGAUUGACGGUUAUAAUAUAAAGAGUUUUUCAAUAUAGAAAAAAGUCCUAAAAUUGAGACCUCCAAAAAAUACUGUGAUUCUGUUUGAAAUGAUUGACAUUUACUGUAUUCUGGAGCCACAUUUUAUGAUGCUGCAUUUCUAAAGCUUCUGUUAUGAAAUUGACCCAUGUAUUGUAUUCUAUUAUAAAACUGAGUUAAAAAUAAGAAAAGUUAUUUCAUACUUUUCUUAGUAUUUUUAAAUCAGUUUUUGCAACAUUAAAUAAAAGCAUUUCAUUGAC